GGGGAGCUGGAGGUGGUGGGAGUAACAAGUUUUGGAAGCUAAGGCCUGAAAGAGGUCAAGGGUCAGUGCAGAGCCAGGGAAGAGAUGGUGAAGCAGACGAUCCAGAUUUUCGCGAGGGUAAAGCCCCCUGCUCGGAAGCAGCAAUCAGGGAUUUAUUCCAUAGAUGAUGAUGAAAAUUUAACACCUAGCUUGGAAAUUAUCAUACCUCGUGAUUUGGCAGAUGGAUUUGUGAAUAAUAAGCGAGAAAGCUACAAAUUUAUAUUUCAGAGGAUUUUUGAUCAAGAUGCAAAGCAAGAGAUCAUUUUUGAAAACAUUGCCAAACCAGUUGCUGAGAGUGUGCUGGCAGGUUACAACGGUACCAUCUUUGCAUAUGGACAAACGGGCAGUGGCAAGACAUUCACUAUCACAGGUGGGGCUGAGCGUUACAGUGACAGAGGCAUUAUCCCAAGGACGCUGUCAUACAUUUUUGAGCAGUUACAAAAGGACAGCAGCAAAAUAUAUACAACACACAUUUCCUACUUGGAAAUCUACAAUGAAUGUGGUUAUGAUCUAUUGGAUCCAAGACAUGAAGCCUCCAGAUUGGAAGAUUUGCCGAAAGUGACACUAUUGGAGGACACUGAUCAGAACAUUCAUCUGAAAAACCUGUCUCUGCAUCAAGCAACAAACGAGGAAGAAGCUCUGAAUUUGCUCUUCUUAGGAGACACCAACAGAAUGAUUGCAGAGACUCCCAUGAACCAAGCCUCGACCCGUUCCCACUGCAUCUUCACCAUUCACUUGUCAAGCAAGGAGCCAGGCUCUGCAACUGUCCGGCACGCCAAGCUCCACCUGGUUGACCUGGCUGGCUCUGAACGAGUUGCCAAGAGUGGCGUAGGGGGCCAGCUUCUGACCGAGGCCAAGUAUAUCAACUUGUCACUGCACUACUUGGAGCAGGUCAUCAUUGCCCUUUCAGAAAAAAACCGUUCGCACAUUCCUUACAGGAACUCCAUGAUGACCAGUGUCCUGAGAGACAGUUUGGGAGGGAACUGCAUGACCACUAUGAUUGCGACGCUCUCUUUAGAGAAAAGGAAUAUCGACGAAUCUAUAUCUACCUGCAGAUUUGCACAACGAGUGGCACUCAUAAAGAAUGAAGCUGUUCUUAAUGAAGAAAUCGAUCCCAGAUCGAUGAUUAUAUGCCUUCAAAAGGAAAUCCAGGAACUGAGGGAUGAACUGGCCCUUGUCACUGGGGAGCAGAGGACAGAGGCACUCACAGAAGCAGAGCUCCUUCAGCUGGAAAAACUAAUAACAUCCUUUUUGGAAGACCAGGAUCCACAGAGUAGACUAGAGGUUGGCGCUGAUAUGCGUAAAAUUCAUCACUGUUUUCAUCAUUUAAAGAAACUAUUGAAUGACAAGAAGAUCUUCAGGAACAGUACAGUCUCCUCUGAAAUCAAAGAGCCAGACUGCCAAGAACCAGUAAAAGAGGAAGAAUAUAAAAAGCUACGAGACCUUCUAAAGCAGAGGGAUAAUGAAAUCAAUAUUUUAGUCAACAUGUUAAAAAAGGAAAAGAAGAAAACUCAGGAUGCUCUCCACUUCUCUAGUGUGGAUAGAGGUGAAAUCAGACUCAUCCAGAGCUCACCCUUCCCACUUGGAAACCCAGAAGGUCAGAGGACAUCACUAUUCUCAGCCUCGACACAGUCCCAGGAUUGCAGCAUGCUCGGGAGCAGAUCCAGUUUGCUCCACAAAAAAUCAGGGAUGAGAGAGGAAAUGUCAUUAGGACGCCAGGAGGCUUUUGAAAUCUUCAAGAGGGACCAUGCUGACAGCGUUACCAUCGAUGACAACAAACAGAUUCUGAAACAAAGGUUUUCUGAAGCAAAGGCCUUGGGAGAAAGUAUAAAUGAAGCAAGAAGUAAAAUUGGUCACCUGAAGGAGGAGAUCACCCGGCGGCACAUACAGCAGGUGGCUCUAGGAGUCUCAGAAAACGUGGCCUUUCCCUCGACACCAGACCAGGAAGACAGACUGCGAUCACAACUGGAGGAAGAGAAGAGAAGGUACAAAAUUAUGUUCACCCGCCUGAAGGCCCUGAAGGUAGAGAUCGAGCACUUGCAGCUGCUCAUGGACAAAGCCAAGGUGAAGCUGCAGAAAGAGUUUGAAGCCUGGUGGGCAGAAGAGGCCACUCACCUGCAGGUAGAUUCUCCAGCAGCGAAUUCCCUGGAUCACGCGAAGCCCUCUCCCCAGAGCCCUGAAUCCCAGCAGGACCAGUCUCAGCUUCUCUCCAACCAGAGUGUCGUGAGUGCCAGAAAGGUCUCGCCCUCGCCCUGCCCCAGCCCGCGCAGCCCGGAGCAGAGCAGCACUGGCACCUGGCUGGAAGGCAGCAUCCCUGAGAGGACAACUUCGUCCGUCCCUCUCACCGGAGACAGCCAGACGGACUCUGACAUCCUGGCAUUCCUCAAGGCCAGGCAGAACAUUUUGCAGAAGAAAUGUCUGGGAAGCAACUGAUUUUCUGAGGAGAGUCCAGCCAUGUGCUGCCUCAAGAAUGAAGUGCAGACAGAGUCACGGCCUCUUGCUUGUGGCUGGGAGCAGCUGAUGAACUUGAACCCAGCGGAGGGGAGCUGUGUUUCUUUAGGGAUGCUGUUCUGGGGGCGGUCAGAGACGCUGGGCCAGGGCUGCAGGUGACAUCCUUCCUGUGGUUGCUGGAGCGGCCGGCAGAGCCAGGUAAUGCCGGGAGCUGCUGGCAGGAUGAGGCUUCAGAUCACUCUCAGUGACGUCACGCGUAGAUAACGACAAACCUUUGAGAUUAUGAGAUCAUAACGUAGUGGCAAGGGAAGCCCACCGUGGUAUGAUGUGGGGGAUAAUAAUUAGUUCAUUUUAGCUUUUACCAGCCCACUGGCCUGGCCUGUCCCCUAAUUUAGAAGCCCAGGAGUGGCUACGGGCAAUCCAGGCAGGACUUGGGAGCCCCAGGCAAGGCAGUGCAUGGCAGAGCACCUUGAUGGCCUCUCUAUCUGAGUGGACAGCUCUCAAGAUCUGAGAGAGGGCAGCUCGGGCACCACAGGACUCAGCCUCCACCCAGCCACUUGGGGCUUUGCAGGAUUUGAGCCAAACUCCCUGUUCACACAGGGAAAGCAUGGCUGCCAGGGUCUUGUCUCAGUGAACUGCCCAGCACUCCAGGCACUGGCAUACCCGUGGAUGGGGCCAGCCCGCAGGAGACUUGGGAGGACUACAGCCUACAUCCGGGCUGCAACCUAGCUCCAGCUGGAGGGUGGCAGGGGAGUGGAGAGUGGGUGGGGGGUGGCCCUGGAAAGGAGGCUACCUGAAUAAAAGUGCCUGUCCCGUGCUCCUAGAGUCUGUGCUGUUAAGUAGAGGAUCUGGUGACCCUGGAGGGAGAGCAGAGAGAUAAUACGUAUAAUUGGUUUGCUUGGGUUUUUCUGUCUUUUAGAACUGGGUAAAAAGAGUCAUGUGGGAGGAGAGGGAUGUGUUCCAUCUCAAAGCCAGCCAGGCCUGCAGAGCUGCUCUAGGUCACGCCCUGGCUCACACCAUUAGAAAGCUGAAGCAAAGGGAGACACGUCUUGCUGCUCCACAGCCAGCUAGUGGCCAGAGCCCCCCCCUCACCACCCCACCCAGAGGGACCCCCAUCCCCUUACUGUUUCAUUUUCUUCAUCACCAACAGACAUAUUCUCCUUCUUUUCUCGCCUAUUUUUAAAUGGCCUGCCACCCGCUAGUACUGAAAGCCCCAGGACCACAGGGACCUGUUCCUCUUGCUCCUUGCUGUGUCCCAGCACAGAAUUGGUGCUCAAUAAAUAGUCCCUCCGUUCACAGAACCAGAAUGCAGCUUGCUCUCAGGUCCCUGUACUUCCCUCUGGCUCAGUGAGGGAGUCCCAAUGUGGUGAGGAUCACCUCCUGGUCCUCGUGAUUCUAGGACACACAGUAAGUCCUCAGUAAAGUCUGUAGAACCAGGGGAGGACCAGAGCCCUGAUGACCUGAUUCUAGAAGGUUCUCCGAGAGCCCAUGGUGCACACAUAUUGAUGUGCAUGCGCACACACACACACACACACACACACACACUCAGGAGUCCUGAAGAUGGUAUGGAACCUGCCAGCACACUCUCUGGAAACAGCACCAGUGUUCCUGGCACGCCUUGAGCUGGCUAGAGUCUGUUGACUUUAGCUCUCCCGCUGAGACGUUAUCUCCUGGAUCCAAAGGCUUUAUUGACAGAGAUGUGUGGUGCGGCCCCAUGCAGGGUGUGAACCAGCCUCCUGGAACAGUCACUAUGGGCAGGGAGGAAAUGGAGAAGAGAGAAAAACACACAGGUAAUCUGGGGCCACUGGAUCUUGCUGAUCUAGUCAUCUGCAAAGCAUGCAUGGGAACUGGUGAGGAAGCUCCCCACUCCAAAAGGCCUGUCCCUGGUCCCUGUUCCUCCCAGGGGAAGCUGAGCCUGGGGGAGGUGUAUGGUAGUCCAGCAUGCAUCUGCACCCAAGGAUGCAGCUGGCCUCUGUGAUGGGAGGAACAGGCGAAUGCUGAGGUAGGGUGCUCCCACAGUCCACUGGGCUCAGGGGCACCAGGAAUAAUAAGAAGUCUCUGAGUUCACUCAGGGCAAAAUGAAGAGUGUUUCAAAAUGUUUCUGGAAAGCAGCCGGGUGGGUGACUCCAGCCCUGUCCUAGCCAGAAUUCCCUUGGCUCUAUGUUCCCUGGACAGGACGUGGGGGUGGGGGUGCUGGUGAGCUUCCUCAGCUCUAGCCAACAGGGACUUUUAAAAAGCAGAUAGAGAAACUGGUACCCUGAACAACGAGUCUUCAUUCUUCACCAGCUAGAAUAGAAUUGGCAUCCAAAGCUUUGUCGGGGCCUCGUGUGUUGGAGUAUACUUCUCUGCCUUUUAAAUUUUGGCCCUGUGUACAUAACGUGUAUUUAGGAUGACAUAAGCAGAAGCUUGAAACAGCUUGCAGGGUUAGGCUGUGAUUUCUUUCAUUCUUGCGAUAUCUUGAGAUGAACAGAUCUUGGAUAGCUGCCGCUCUUUCAACCUGGACCUUGGAACAUACAGAGAAGAAAUCUGAGCUGUCUCCAGACUGGAACAGAGCUUCCCAGUGAAGCCCAGUCCAGAUCAGCUGAAUCACAGCUGACCCAAAGACCUACUGACUUACAAGAAUAAAUGCUUCUUGGCAUAAGCCACUGAGACUUGGGUUGGUUUGUUACCAAGCCUUAAUUCUAACAAUAGCCGACUGAUACCAAUAUUUAAACCCCAAAACAGUGCAUGACUAGAAAGAAUGUCUUACUACAAAGAAAUCCUCACUACAGAGAAACGCUCAAUAUCUCUUUUUAUAUUUAUUUUUUAGUUGUAUUUGAACACAAUACCUUUAUUCUAUUUAUUUUUAUGUGGUGCUAAGGAUGGAGCCCAGGACCUCUCACGUGCUAGACAAGUGCUCUACCACUGAGCCACACCCCAGUCCAUCAAUCUAUUCUUGCUGCCUGUUGAAAGGCAUCUUAGAGUUGGUCGUAUAUGAAAACAGGUCUACCACUUGCAAACAUGACGGAGCAGCAGGGACCUGAUUUACUCUCCUGCUUUAAAUGACUAAAAGCUGCAGGACACACACAGAACAAUGGUUCUUAGACACUGGAUAGUAGGAAGUACACGACUUUGACCCCAAGAGAAGGGAAGCAAAUGACAUGAGCCCUAAGAUGGUCCCAACAAACUGCCUACAGACUGCGCUCCAAAGGGGAAAGCUAGGAAAAGCCCAGGGGUUUGCUUGACUCAAAGAAAUGGAACUAGGAGUCCAGGGAGACUGGAGUAGCCUCAAUUUGCAAGUACUCAGAGGCGAAGAAGAAAAAGAGAGAGCACAUGCUCUGGAGACCAUCAGAGGGUCACUCUUGGGUCCCCAACUAACUACAGAUCUAUAUAUGCAUGUGAGGAAGUCAUCCAGGGAGGGGAAAAAAAACACGAGAAAGGAGCAGGCAGAAUAAUUUCCAGAAUUAACAAGGGUCUAGGAAUAGUUCAUGUUCCUAAUAGCCAGGGUGGAGAAACCUCU